AUGGUUUCAAAAGAAAUUAGUGCACUUCUGCUGUUGCUGCCACUGCACCUGGUUUAUGGAACUGAUCUUAUCAGAUAUGUAUAUCCAGCUUAUAAUAUAAAAAGCUAUGGGAAUAAUGAAAUAAAUUUGCACCAUUCAGCAAGUAACGAAGACAGUGGGCAUAACAGCAACUCAAAAUCUGCAAGUAAUGAAUUAAAAGGACGUGGAAACAAUGGCCACUCUAAUUCUGCAAGUCAUGAAGUAAAGGGAAAGUAUGCGUUCAAGAUUGAUGACAAUUCUGAAAGUCAGCAGGUGAAGGGUCAAUAUUCAAGGAGAUCCUCUGAAGAGAAUAGGCAGAAUGGUCACUCCAAUUCUGGCAGUCACCAAGUGAAGGGCCAAUUUUCAAGGAGAUCCUCUGAAGAAAACACGCAGAAUCAUCACUCCAAUUCUGGCAGUCACCAGGUUAAGGGUCAUUAUUCAAGGAGAUCCUCUGAAGAAGGCACCCAGAAUAGUCACUUCAAUUCUGGAACAAAUCCGGAAAAGGGCCACUAUUCAAGGAGAUCGUCUUCUGAAGAAAACAAUCAGGGUGCAGAUGCUAACUCAACAAGUGACGAAUCUAAUGACCAAGAUUCAGAAGACAAUGAAACUAAUAACGAUUCUGAUUCCUCUUCCUCGUCUUCCUCAGAAGAACAAGAUGGAGAGCCAGGACCACCUGGCCCACCUGGGCCACCUGGUCCACCAGGAUACCCAGGAAAGCCAGGAUUUGGGCUACCGGGGCAUCCUGGUAAACCUGGGCCACCAGGGCCACAAGGAUUAUCAGCUGUUGGAAAACCAGGCCAUCCAGGAGAAGCAGGAAGGCCAGGUGUGCCAGGAACUCCUGGACGAAAAGGGGAAAAGGGAGCCCCAGGGAAGCAAGGACCAAGAGGGCCUCCAGGACCGAGUGGGCCUCCUGGACCAGCUGGGUUAUCUGUCAUUGGUAAACCAGGUGCUAAAGGAGAACCAGGUCAACCAGGAACACUUGGAUUUCCUGGAAGAAAAGGGAACCCAGGAUAUCCAGGUCAACCUGGGCCAAAAGGGGAUAUGGGUAUUGGAAGUCCAGGGCGACCUGGUGAUAAAGGUCCUCCUGGACCACGAGGUCCACCAGGUCUACCUGGACCACAAGGUAAAGGACACCCAGGAUUGCCUGGUCCUAAAGGUGAACCAGGUCACAAAGGUGAAAAAGGAUCACCAGGAGAGUCAGGAAGGCCAGGAAAACCAGGCCAAAAUGGUCCACCCGGACCACCUGGAAAACAAGGGAUUGGACUACCUGGAGCAAGAGGACCUUCAGGAAUUCCUGGGAAGAAAGGCCACCCUGGUCUACAAGGCUUGCCAGGUACUCCUGGACUACCAGGCUUAGGAAAACCAGGACUGCCAGGAAUAAAAGGACAUCCAGGUUUACCUGGUGAAGCUGGAAAACCAGGAGAGAAAGGACAGCAUGGCUCACCUGGAGAACCUGGACCACGAGGUUCAGUGGGACCAGCAGGGUCACCAGGACCAAAAGGCCCAAAGGGUCCACCUGGUGCAGUUGGUGCACCAGGAGAAAAGGGUCAUCCAGGAUUGAUGGGUCCAAAAGGGCAGGCAGGCUCAAAAGGUGAGCCAGGAUCAACUGGAGAGCGAGGACCACCGGGGCCCCCUGGAAAACCAGGAUCAAAAGGUGAUAAAGGACUACCAGGUCCAGAGGGUAAAAAAGGUGAUAAGGGACUUAUUGGACCACGUGGAAAACCAGGCAGUGCAGGUAGAAUAGGGCCUCAAGGACCUCAAGGCCAUCCAGGUGAACCUGGAAAAAAAGGACUUCCGGGAACACCUGGCCCAAAAGGCUUAAUUGGGCUUCCAGGCUCUCCAGGCCAUCCAGGAGUAAAAGGAGAUCCAGGGGUUCCAGGAACACAAGGUCCUCCAGGCCCCCCAGGUAAAUUUAAUGGAAAAGUCAUUGAAGGACCACAAGGUCCACCUGGACCAAAAGGACCAAGUGGGCCACCAGGCAGUCCAGGACUUCCUGGUCCAGCAGGCCCACCUGGUGAAAUUAUUAUGCACACCGGAAAAUAUUUAGGCUAUCAUGGCUAUAUCAACUCAGAUGAUGUAGUGAAUCCUGUUCCAGCAUUUACUGCCAUUCUUUCUCAGCCAUUUCAUUCAACGGAUGAACCAAUAGUCUUUGACAAAAUAUUGAUCAAUUCAAAUAACAACUAUAAUCCAUCAAAUGGAAUUUUUACAUGUGAAAUAACAGGCAUCUACCAAUUUUUUUAUCACGUACACGUCAAGGAGGCAAACGUUUGGGUUGGUUUAUAUAAAAACAAUGAGCCUGUAAUGUAUACAUAUGAUGAAUAUUCACCACAAUAUGUUGAUCAUGCCUCAGGAACUGCCAUUUUACAUUUAAAUGAUGGUGACAAAGUGUAUGUAAAACUACCAGCAAAAAAGUCUAAUGGCUUAUAUUCUUCUGAAUAUAUGUAUUCAUCUUUUACUGGAUUGUUAAUUACACCAUCAUGA